GCAUUGCGGUCGGUCCGUCUCUAGGUGUCUAGCAGCAGCUACCAGCCCAGACAGCCAGCGGCAACGGGAGCGGUAUCUCUCGGUGUUUCUUUUCAAAAUUACUCGCCGUCAGAUAUUCAUAAUUAAGAGUCACUCGGCCGAAAAAUAGUGAAUCCCAACCCCGCCGCUCCGUGACCCCUGCACAGAGAUAUGAGCGGCAGCGGGCGGCCCAGGACCAGCUCGUUUGCUGAGCCGCCAGGUGUUCCCGGAGCCGCCGCAGCGUCCACCGGAUCAGCCGCUGCCGUGGGGAGCAGCACAGGAAAGUCCGGGGUCCCGCAGGCCUCCGGCAGCAGCUCGUCAGGAUGCUCCAACCUAAAGCUUGCCAGAGACAGUGGGAAGGUGACAACUGUUGUGGCCACACCUGGACAAGGGCCGGACCGUCCCCAGGAGGUCUCGUACACCGACAUCAAGGUGAUUGGUAAUGGGUCGUUUGGCGUGGUGUACCAAGCUCGUCUCAUCGACAGCCAAGAGAUGGUGGCCAUCAAGAAGGUUCUGCAGGACAAGAGGUUCAAGAAUCGGGAACUACAGAUCAUGAGGAAGCUGGACCACUGCAACAUUGUCAGACUACGUUACUUCUUCUACUCCAGCGGCGAGAAGAAAGAUGAGGUGUACCUCAACCUGGUGCUGGACUUUGUCCCUGAGACGGUCUACAGGGUUGCCAGGCAUUUUAACAAGGCCAAGAGCAUCAUUCCUAUCAUAUAUGUUAAGGUGUACAUGUACCAGUUGUUCCGCAGCCUGGCUUAUAUCCAUUCCCAGGGUGUGUGUCACAGAGACAUCAAACCCCAAAACCUGCUGGUCGACCCAGAGACUGCCAUCCUGAAGCUCUGUGACUUCGGCAGCGCCAAGCAGCUGGUCCGCGGCGAACCCAACGUGUCGUAUAUCUGCUCGCGGUAUUAUCGUGCCCCUGAGCUCAUUUUUGGUGCCACAGACUACACGGCAAACAUUGACAUCUGGUCAGCAGGCUGUGUUCUGGCUGAACUGCUGCUAGGACAGCCCAUAUUCCCUGGUGACAGCGGGGUCGACCAGCUAGUAGAGAUUAUCAAGGUGCUCGGCACACCUACAAGAGAACAGAUCCGAGAGAUGAACCCAAACUACACAGAGUUCAAGUUCCCUCAGAUCAAAGCCCAUCCAUGGACCAAGGUGUUUAAGCCUCGCACCCCUCCGGAGGCCAUUGCCCUGUGCUCCCGGCUGCUGGAGUACACGCCGGCCACGCGCCUCUCCCCGUUAGAGGCCUGUUCGCACGCCUUCUUCGACGAGCUGCGCCAGCCCAACGCACGGCUGCCCAGCGGCCGAGAACUGCCCAUGCUCUUCAACUUCAGCACCACAGAACUGUCGAUCCAGCCUCAGCUGAACUCAACGCUCAUUCCUCCACACGCACGCUCUCAGACAGCUGCUUCUUCCCACGAUGGUACCAGUUCGGAUUCGUCUCAACACAGUUCAGUACCAGGAUCUCUUAACAGCAUCUGAAGCAGCUCCUCACCUGCCUGCCUGCCUGCCAGCCUGACCCUUACCACGCAUACACACACGCACACAAACACACACACACACACAAACACACACACACACACACAGUACUGCUUUCCUCCAUGCUGCUUGCUCUCCUCUUAGGUUCCAGUCAUCUGUUUUUGUACUGUACAUGCAUUGAAGCAACCAUUAGUUCUUUAGCUGCCAGGGUUGAAACUAGAACACACAGCAAUGGUGGGAGAUUGUCGUACACACACACACGCACACAUACACCCACACACCCACACAGUUGUCUUGGUGCUGCUAAGGUGGUAUAUGAAGGUUCAAUAGUGGGGGCCGGUCCUCUGUAGUAUAACCUUUUUUUUUUUAUCGCCAUUUUUCUUAUCUCUUCUUUUUAUUUGUUUAUUUAUUUGAACAGUUGAAAGAAUCACAGUGAUCACACAGCAUUUUCUCUCUACACUUUGCUUUUUUUCCACUCAAGAUGAUAUCUCAAUGUUUUUACCUCCACAUAAGAAAAGGGGUGAACUGCACACUGCCCGACUUUUACCAGAAAUGUCCCCAAGUAGAGUAUCAGGGUAAAAAAAAAACGUAAUUCGUUGUUCAACUCAGGGCAGGAAAACGGCCUCAGGAAAUGAUGACUACUACAGCUCCUCCACCACAUUAUCUUAUCAACCCGACCUGAGUGUCGGGAUCCUGCAGGACUUCCAGGCAGUGGUUGAUUACCUGCCAAUUUGGCCAGCAGGCAAACUCAGCAGUCACAGAUGAAGUCUAUCAGUGUUUUGCUGGUUAAUGUGUUGCAUUUUUUUUUUUUUUCUUCAAACCAAAUCAUUUAGUGUGUACCCGCCCUCACUUAGUUUAAAAGUCAAAGUCAAAAACACUUCUGGACCCGUAUUUGUUUCCAGUAGCUGCAUUUGUAUUUCGCAUAAAUACCCACACUAUCAGACAGGACUGGAAGUAGUUUGCUCUGCCAGCCACUUUGUCAGAUAUCCAACCAGGUUCUUUAAAACAUAUCUGUCUGGUAAAAUGUUCAAAUGGUCCUCCUGAUGAAAAAGUUAGUUCAAACAAGUUUCCUGACCUGUCCACAGUUGUCAAUGGGCCUCACAGGGAUUGGAAUACAGUUUUUCCUUCUUCGUCGCAUUCGUUUACAUUUCCCCACAACUGCUGGUAAAAGUCAGUCUGGAUUUAGUCAAAAUAUGUCAAGCUGCCUUUUAUUUCCAGGUCUAAAGUUGGCCUAUAAAGCUUCUCUUAGGCAGCGGACCGGAGAUCGAGGGUCCUCUGUAAGCUUUUAACAAUAAUUUUAAAAUCAUUUAAACAUCCAAGAGGACUCAGGUGUUGCUGUGUUUGGAAAGGUAAUUAUGUCAAAUUUAAACAGAGUAAAAAAAAAAAAAAAAAAAAAAAACUUGAAAGAAGAAUUUAUGCUCUUGCUCACCGCCACAUAGAUUUAUUAUACUUUUAGUCAAAUGUCAGUUGUUGGUAAAUACAUGUAUGUGGUGCUCAGCAAAAGCAGCAUGUUGGAUUGUAUUUAAUGAGCCUUUUGAUAUUAAGCAGUGUCCUUAGUGGAAAAGUGCAAGAGUCAUAGUGGAGCGUCAGCAGUGAUCCGAGGUCAGUGGUGUUCAGACUCAGAGCCCCACUGCUCUCUGUCCUAGCUGCUAGUUAACUGCAUUGGUGUCCCAGGUGUUACUCAGACCCUGUUCAGACGGCGAGACUGAAAACCAGCAGGGGACGAGGCCUGAGAACCGCUGCCCUGCAUUAUUACAGCAGUAGACAAGGUAGACGUUUUUGUGCAUUUAGACUUGACCUGUCACUGCCACCUGUUCUUUCUCAGAUCUAAUAAAGUAGAAAUCAAAAGGCAUAUAUCAUAACACAACACGGAUGCCUCAUUCAGACAUUUCCAUAAUGUUUCUUGCAGUGUAAAAGCUCCCAAAGAUUUCCUUUUGGCGGGAGAACAGCGGUCAGCAGUGAAAGCAUAGUUUGAAGUUAAAGUGGGACAUUUUCUUUGGCUUCAUCUGUAAGUGAAGGCCUUCACUGUCUUGGUCUGUGCUACAAAACCAACUUCAGUGGGUGCAGGCGAUGACUGCUGAUCAGCAGCAGUUUACUGUUGUAGAAUGGUCUCAGUUUCCAAAAAAAGGGAGACUUCCACUAAAACUGACUACAGAUACUUUCAUUUUGCAAAAGUCAACAGUGUUUGCACAAUAUCCAUUUCUUUUCUAUCAGUUUUCCUCGUGAGAUUUUAAGACAAAGGGAACUGCUGUUUUGUGAUGUCGUAGUAUUUCAUUCUCCAAAGUAGGUAAAAAAAAAAAAAAAAAACAAUUAUUAAAUCAUCUGCCCUUGUAAAACAUCUGCAUUUUUGUGUCUGAUGUAGAUACUGCAAAGUGACCGGCAGUGAAAUCUUCAUAAGCCAUUGAAGACGGUACAACACCAGUGUUGUAGUGCGGCAUUUUCCCAGUUGUCAUUGUUCUUAUUGUGCUGAUUCAUAGUUUUUAACUUUAAUCAGCUUUGUUCAAUAGAAAACGGGCUGCUGCUUCAUUUUGAUUUUGAAAUCAGUUUAAAUUCAGUUCCAGGUAGCAUUAAUUUAAAAAGUCUUAUGUCUUUCAAACAACCUGCAGAUACCCUGAGUUGUGAGAUGGUACGCAGAAGUAACUUAAAGUCAGUUUUGGUGGAAUUUCCCUUUAUCAUGAAGGUCAUUUCCGUGGCGUCGUCAGGGGAGACAGAUUACCCGUGUCCUCCUAUCGUGUUUGGGAAACCUGAGCUAAAUGGAUGUUUGUCCUUCUGUUGCCAGAGGGCAGCAGAACAACUAAAGGAUCCUUGGGGAUUUUCUAUGUGUUAUUAAAUUGUGGUUGGCAAAAGACAGCUACUUUUGAAUUCUUCACAAUAACAUAUUUACUGUUUUGUCUGUGGACGAGGGGCUGUGAGUGGCAGACUGGUAGAGAGAGUCAGGAAAUGGAGAGGGCUUUAAAACGGUGUUGCAGCCGCUCUGGCACGCUGUAUUUCCAUCGGUGGAAGUUAAAGACAAAUCCCGUUUUCUGCCAGAGGACGCUACGUAGGAGCAACAUGAACGCAGUCCUGUGUUGUAUGAGAAAACCUCGGUGGGUAAAGAGACAUCAGUUUCAGUAUCUUAUCAGUGUUGCUGAGAUUUAAAGUGAAGCAGAGGAGAGGAACGUGACUGGAUGACUGGUGUCAACAGCAGAUAACAUGAACACAAAGCAGGGAUGUUCCCAUUUGAUGUGUGUGUGUGUCUGUGUGUGCAUGUAUGCAUGCGUGUGUGCGUGUGCGCGAACACCUGUUAUUAAUCAAACUGGACGAAGUCAGUGAUUCUUCAUAGUAAACCCUGUUGUCUCUGUGUGAAUGACAGAACUGCUGUGAGAGGGACUCUGUGUGUGAGACUAUAAUCCAAACUGCACAGUCUGAACAGUGUUUUAGGAUUAGAUCAGUUGACAAUGCUGAUUUUUAGGUAAAAAAACAAAUAAAAAUACUGACCACUUGAAAGCUUCUAGUUCAAGUAUUUUAUACUAUUUUAACAUGCCUCUUUGCCUGCCGUUUCAUCCUGUUUGUUUUAAGGCUUCUGCUGAGCCGACAUGCUCUUUUUUUUUUUUUUUAAGCCCUUUUCCUGGUUUACACUCAAUCUGGGAGCUUCCCAGUACAACAGUAGGGGUUUAGGCGCCUCAACAUCGGCCUGUCGAUAUGCGUUGUAGAAAAAGAGAUCGCACAGCUUUUCUCAUUCCCUUUCCCCACCAAGGUUUUCCCAGCUGCUUCUGGCUUUCAAAACUGGCAGCCUCCCAGCCGCAGGCCCUCCUCUGUCACCGCCGGGUCACCGCCGCCCACAUUUUGCUUUCCUCGGUGUAAAGAAUCCAGUCAACCUGUUGGGUUCGAUCCACGCGGUGCGUCACGUCGAUGGCGUUUACACUCAGAGCUGUCAGACGUCCUGUAGCUAUGAAAAGGUGUGAACCCGCCCCGCUGCUGCGCCCGGUGACACAAAUCAAACACAGCAUGUCUCCGAAGCCAUCCUCCCUCCCUCCGUCACACUUCCCGUCUCCUCCUCCUCCUUAUCGCACGUGUAAAUAUCACUGAUUUUUAUUUUCCUCUUUUUACUUUUUAUUACAGUGUUUAUGUCAUUGAUUUUGUUUUUUGUUUUGUUUUUUUCAUUCUUUGAACGAAGCAGUCCCAGUUUCGUUAAAGUUCUGUCGGUUUUUGUAAAUACGUCUUUUGUUUCAUGGUGUCUUUAUGAUCCAAAAUGUAAAUAGUGGGGGGGGAAAGAGAGAAAAGGAAAAAAAAGUCAACCUACUGCUUUCUUCUCAUGUUUGUUGAUGAUCUCUCUCGCUCUCCUCCUCUCUCCUGUUUUCCAGUGAGGAUUGUACUGUAGCUACUUGCAUCAUCUUUACUCGUCUCUCCCCCUCAGUCGUCCCUGUGUGGGACGCUGACACCUGACUGUUUAAUGGACAUUUUACGAGUUCUGUUCCACAAUGCUAUAUAUCAAUUUUCAGAUAUAUUCCUGAGUACUGUUAGAGGCCAUCCUGGUGGGUUAGCUGCCUUUAGCAUGUGUCAUGUAACCCUCAUCUUCUCCUAUCUAAACUGGUCCCUGUCCAGUAAAGGCAAAAUUAUCAAAAAAAAAAAAAAAAAAAAAUCCAGAGGAUCAGGCCUUUCAAAUUGUUAUUUUGUUUACUAAGGACCUAAAGCUAUAGUGCUGGACUUUUUACUCAUGAAUAAACAUUCAUUACCUUCAGUCUAAUGCCAAAUGAGUUCACACAUUGAUGAUUAAGCCCAUAAAUUGAUAAACCGUUUUGUACUGUUGCAACAUCUCAAAUCUGGUCUCUGAGGUGACUUUGUCGCGUAGGUGUAUAGUUGACCUUUAGUGACAUGUUUUACAUCACCCAGUUUCUACAGGAAUUGUAUAAUUAUAGCAUGGCCAAGUACCUCAUCCACUUUUUUUUCUUUUUCCUCCAGUUUUUCGCUGCAGGUAGAUACUGAAAGGUGUUCCCCUGAAGUCCUUUUCAAGCAGCAUUUAUGUUACUGCCACAAGAAGAGGGCAAAUCAAACAGAUCUGGAAAGUUCUGUAUUGCAGAUUUUAGAUUAUCUGUUGUCGUUAAAAAUUGUUUUCUUUUUUUUUUAAGCUAUCAGCUUAGGCCUCACUCAUUUCAGGUUGUUGAUAUUUCAUUUUGGAACAAAACUCUUGAUUUGUGUCUUGUGACAGAAUGCAAUGUACUGUACUGUGCAGUAAACCCAAUAAUGGCUACAAGUCUGGAGCAUUUUUACACAGGGAGUGUAAUAUCUGACUUGAGUAUCUCCAAAGUGUUUAGUUGGACUGAAAACCGUGUUUUCAUCUCCAGCUAAGUGCUUACCAUGGGCAUUUUUGUAUUACAGUAUAUAAAUGUGUGCUGUAUGGCAUUCAGAAUAGCUGCUAAUGAUCACAAGAUGACAGACGUAGCAACUGCAGAAGGAGCCACCUAUUAGCCGUGUGUGUGUGUGUGUGUGUGUGUGUGUGUGUGUGUGUGUGUGUGAGAGAGAGAGAGAGAGUGAGCGAAACAUGCAGGUAUACUGUUGUAGACGCACAUGACUGUUUCAGUUUCUCUGAGAUUGUGCUGUUGUCUGUGUUGAAUGCUUUUCAAACCUGUCGUGUGUUUAUAUCCUCUCUGCUAACGGAGAUCAUUGUACCUCUUAGAUGGUGACAUAUCACUUUGUUUUUUUGUUUUUAGCCCCCUUCUGGCUUUUAAUUUUCCACUCCAGUGCUGUUUCUCUGGUGUCAUUCCUGACCCAGACGGAAAGAUAGAGAGAGAAGGAGAGCGAGAGAAAAACAAACCACCUGUCUGUCUCUGUUCUGUGUGUGUAUGAUAUGGACUCAUUUAAUAAAGUGAUGAAACUGUG